AUGGAUAAAUUCCGUAUGAUGUUCCAGUUCCUUCAAUCCAACCAGGAAUCUUUCAUGAAUGGGAUGUGUGGGAUCAUGGCCCUGGCUAGCGCACAAAUGUACUCUGCCUUUGAGUUCAGCUGCCCCUGUAUUCCGGAAUACAACUACAGCUAUGGGAUUGGGCUGCUGGUCGUCCCACCCAUUUGGUUUUUCUUGCUGGGAUUUGUAUUGAACAAUAAUGUGUCUGUGCUAGCAGAGGAGUGGAGAAGACCCACGGGAAAGAGAAAAAAGGAUCCAUCAAUCCUCCGCUACAUGUUCUGCUCAAUCGCGCAGAGAUCUUUGAUAGCACCUGCAGUUUGGGUGUCUGUGACCCUCAUGGAUGGCAAGAGCUUCCUCUGUGCUUUCAGCGUCAAUCUGGAUAUUGACAAGUUUGGCAACUAUACUCUAAUCAAGGGGCUGUCUGAGACAGAGAGGAUAAAACUGUUGGCGAAGAUUCCGUGUAAAGACUUGUUUGAGCAUCAUGAAAUAAGAGUGGGAGCAUCCCGUUACAUAAAGUGUAUAUCGCAGGCUUGUGGCUGGAUGUUUUUGCUCAUGAUGACCUUCACAGCCUUCCUGGUCCGUGCUAUUCGACCUUGCUUUUCUCAGGCUGCUUUCCUCAAAACCAAAUACUGGUCUCAUUAUAUCGACAUUGAGCGCAAGAUGUUCGAUGAGACCUGCAAGGAGCAUGCCAAGACCUUCGCCAAGGUUUGCAUCCAUCAGUACUUUGAAAAUAUUAGCGGAGAGAUGCGCAACUUACAUCAUCACUCCAGCAAGGAUGACAGCGACUCUGAAGUUGAUGAUAAGAGGAGAGAGGAAGACAAACUCCUGGGUAUCAGAGUCCAGGAUGACAUGAAUAAAGCUUUGUGGAACUGGCACACUUGCAAGCCAGCUCUUGCACUGAGAAAAGAGCAAAUAAAUGUUGAAAACGAUGCCAAACUGCAUGGAGAUGCCAAUGGAGCAGGAAAUGGAUUUGCAAACGGCCACACCCACAAUGAUGGAAAAAAGGAAUGGGCCGUGUAUUACAGUAAAGUCUGA